UACAUGUUGGGCUAUAAGCUACUUGGUGGUUUGCAGCAAUGGAAAUGGAAGAAUUUGGAGGAAUGACACACAUUGCCAUGUUACCAAGUCCUGGAAUGGGUCACUUAAUCCCAUUUGCGGAGCUAGCUGAGCGACUCAUCCGCCGCCACAACCUCGCCGUCACUCUUAUCGUUCCGACGGACCGCCCCCUUUCCGCUCCGCAAGAGGCUUUCCUUGGGGCGCUUCCGGCAGGGGUCGACUACCUCGUACUUCCUCCGGUCAACUUGGAGGACUUGGCGGCCGAUACUAAGCCCGAAAUCCGUAUCUGUCUCACCGUGACACGCUGUCUUCCCGCUCUUCGCGGGGUGUUUGAGGAGUUGGUGGCGUCGGAAACAAGGCCGCCGCCGGUUGCUUUGGUGGUUGAUUUGUUCAGCACCGAUGCGUUUCAAGUGGCUGAUGAAUUUGGGGUUUCCCCCUACAUCUUCUUCCCUGCGUCCGCCAUGGUUUUGUCAUUUGCCACUAUCUUACCGGAGCUUGAUUUGGCAGUGUCGUGUGAGUACAGAGACAUGCCGGAACCGGUUCAAAUUCCGGGGUUUUCCGUUCCGGUACACGGAAAGGAUUUUCUUGAUCCCGUCCAGGACCGUCAGGACGACGCCUACAGAUGGAUUGUUUACCAUAAUAAAAGGAUUGGGUUGGCAAAAGGUUUGAUCUUGAAUAGCUUCAAGGAACUGGAACAAGGACCCAUUGAAGCCUUGCAGCGACCUGGAAACCCUCCGGUAUAUCCGAUCGGACCGCUUGUUCAGAUGGAUUCAGAUUCCUCCGGGGAGUGCCUGAAAUGGUUGGAUGCGCAGCCGCCGGGCUCCGUUCUGUUCAUCUGCUUCGGAAGCGGCGGAUGUCUUUCUCAUCACCAGCUAACUGAGCUUGCAUUGGGGUUGGAAAUGAGCCAGCAAAGAUUUCUAUGGGUGAUCAGAAGUCCAAGCGACACCGCCGCCGCCGCUUUCUUCAGCGCCCAGAAUCCCGGCGACCCUCUAACCUUUCUACCACAAGGGUUCCUGGAGAGAACCAAGAAUCUUGGUCUAGUGGUGCCCAACUGGGCACCACAAUCCCAAAUCCUCAACCACCGCUCCACCGCCGGUUUCUUGACACAUUGUGGGUGGAAUUCGACUCUGGAAAGUGUAGUCCGUGGCGUACCAUUGAUUGCCUGGCCGCUGUACGCAGAGCAGAAGAUGAAUGCCGUAGCGCUAACUGAGGAUAUAAAGGUGGCACUGAGGCCAAUGGGCGGUGAAAAUGGGGUAGUUGGGAGAGAAGAAAUCGCACAAGUUGUGAAGAGUUUAAUGGAGGGUGAAGAAGGGAAGACGGUGAGACAGAGAAUGAGAGAGCUAAUGGAUGCAGCUGCCACGGCUCUCAGUGAAGAUGGGUCUUCCACUAAAGCACUUUCUGAAUUGGCCUCCAUUUGGAAGAAGAAGAUGGUAAUUCCUCCAUAAUUGGUCCAAUUAUAUAUAUUUACCGCUGAAAAUUAAAUAAGUUGUAUCUGGGGUUUGAUUUAAUGGAAGAUUCGUUUGGUUA